AACCAAAAGCAGUAAUAAAAUAAGUAAGAUGUUAAGAGAUAUUGAUCCUGGCGUGGAAGUGAGACCAGGAAUGAGAUUAUUUAUUUAUGACUAGGGAUGAGUCUUAUUUCAAUUGACAAGUUACUUGGGACUGUUAACAUUUCAAGUCCCAUCAGGUAUUGCUUUAAUUCUAAAAGCCUUUAUAAUUGUUAUUUAAUGCCAAAGUGAGGAAUCUCAAGGGUUCUUCUGCCCAUAGUUAUGACUGAGAAUGCACAUGGACUUGUUUAUUGUUGCACCUUUUUUUGUAGCAUGAGUCAAAGAACCCAGAUGUAAUCUGUACAUUUGACUGGGCUGGGCGAAGUUGACCCUGACAUGGCUAUAAUAGAAAUUGCUGUGUGGGAUGGGAAGUGAUCAAGAGCCAUAUCGGGGUCAGUGUCAGCCUCCUCAGAUCAAAGGGCAUUUCAUUUCCAUAGUCUCAUGCCUCACACUCUGUGCACUUCUUCAUGCAAGUAGUUUCAUUCAACAGCAUUGUGUUGGCAAAGAUAUCUUGGAAAAAAAAAAAAGAAAAAAAAAAGAAAAAAGAGGAAUAUUGUAUAUCUGCAAAUAUACAUUAUAUAAAGAAGCCAGUAGGAAAACAAUGUUAAACUAAUAGAGGUCUCAAACUCAGUCUAAUAGCUAUGAAAGACAGAGACAGUAGAAAGUGUUUUAAAUAUUAAAGAUUCCAGUUUACAUGUAAAUUGCAUUAUGAGGAGCAAAAAACAAAGAUGAUGUUUAUUCUUUAGGUGAUUGAUUUAAUGGCUUGCUGAUUUCUAGGAAAACUGAUCAGAAAUCCAAGCUGUAAUCCAUUGAUAUUUUUUCUUCUGUUGGUUUGGGUCAAACUGAAAGUGCUCCUGUAUUAGAUAAACAUACUUUCAGCAUACUCAGACUGAGCUUCAAAAGAAAAGCUAAAUCUGAACUCAGACACUUUGAAAAUGGCUUGGAGGUUUCAUAGUAUUCACUUAAUGGAAAUUUGCCUGGUACAGUCGUUAAUGAAAGAAAGCCAAAAUAUUCUCAACAUCAAUGUAAAAAGCUCAGAUGUCAUUACUUUGGUUCAACUUAACAAUUUCCACAUUGACAUUUUCAAGCUUUUAUCCUUGACGUAUUUCAGAUUUCAUGAUUUUGUCUAAUCAAAGAAUGGUUUUCACUUCUGGAGACCAGUAGUGUUUGUUUAUAUAUUGAAUGUCUCAAUGCUAGAGCUGUAGUUUGAUAAAAAUGUAAAAAAAAAAAAAAAAAAAGGAAAAAAAUAAAAGAAAAAAUCACAAAACAGAAAAAAAAAUCACAAAAAAAAAAGAAAGAAAGAAAAAAAAAACCCACAACCAAAAAUAAAGUACCACCAUAAAGAAGCAAAACCUAAACAGCUCUGAGGUCUUGCUAUCUCAUAAGAUAAAACUGUAAGAUACGUUUGUGGAGACUAUGGGGAUUAAAACAGAUUCAUUCAGUUUUGCACCAAAACUGAAGUGCUGGCUGGCUCAUAAGGGCUCAGUUGAUUAUAUUAAAUAUUUAAAAACAUUUAUGGGGAUGAUUUUAAAUAUGUAGAGAAUUAAGUAUCCAAUUCUGUAAAGGGCUAGACAGAAUCAGCUACAAAUUUAAUAAUAGGUUCAGACCACUUAUGAAUUGUACAAAGAGCUCAAGCAGAAAAAGAGCAUGAAGUAAACUUCAGAUACAUUUAAAAGGAAUUUAAAAACUAAGACAACCUUACUUCAGGAUGUCCAUUUAUUAUAUUGCAGAAACUUUACUGCAGAAUCUGGAGUUUCCAAAGCUUCGCAGGGCAUUACUUCAGGAGAUACUGUAUUCAUGUUUGGCCAUUAAAAAUGUAAAACAUCAUGGAAAAAAAAGUAUUUUUAAUCACUGUUCUAGCAAGCACCAGCUUAUCUCAUAAAAAGUUUUAAGCCCUGUGAGUUUUUCAGCUCUGUUUCUCAAUGCAGAGAUAUGGGGAGUGAGUAAUUCUGUCAUCACUUGCCUGAUUUUAUCCUCCAAACUAUGAGAGAUUCUUAGCUACUAUACAAAUGUGUUUAUUUGUGUGUUUGUUUUUUAGGUUCACAGAAGCAUGGGAAGCUGGGUAGGAAGAAUUGCAACUUAAAGGUGACUAUUUGAACAUUGUUUUGUUCCUAGCAAGGUUAAUCAAACAGAAACAAACAAACAAACAAACAAAACAUGAUCCUAAACCUUUCAGACCCUCAUGCCUGGUAGUUAACAGACAUAAUGUAAAGUAACAUCUUGAUGGGGCACCAGCUUUUGGUUAUCAUUUGAACAGCAACUGUAGAUGAUUUCUGCAAGCAAAUAGAUAUUCCUACCCCCUCCCCCCCCAAAAAAAAAAAAAAAAAAGCAGAAAUUUAUAUAUAGAGCAAGUGGGAAAAGCGAUAUGUUGUGCUCUGAAAAGCAAAUAAAAAUAAGAGCUAUCUGUUAGAUCACUGACUUGUGCUGUUGCAUUAUCUUACAGUGCUCUUCUGUUCAGUGGUAGUCCAGAGCACUCAGCCUCUUGCAGAAAGGGAUUUAUAUUUGAGUCCUAUAAUGCAAAUAGCACCUAAGCAUGUGCUUACAGAUAUUGUGACUUCCCUGCUGAAAACAGAUAAGUUUACUCAAAUGUUUUUAAUGAAACAUGUCUAAAUACUCUCCUGAAUGGGCGUGAAAUAAAGAUCAAUUACUUCAAGAUUUUAUUGGAUUUUUACAAAAAUACACCAGAGUCGGAUUUCUGCAGAACUUACACUUUUUUUGUUUUUCCAAAUAAUUAUUUCUUGUGUAAAUCACUGUGUUGUACCAGAUUCCCAAGCACAUUUUCAGUUAUAGUAUUGCUUUUUAUCCAGAGCCUUCACAACAGAUUUGGCAGCAUACAAAAGCAAUUCAGUGAAAACCUGUGAUUUCACAGUGUUUUUUUCUCGAGUACAACAUUUGGGAUUCUGUUACAAUAUAGCACAUGUAAAACUAACAUGGAGAAGCUAAAAUACAUCCUUGGGUUGGAUUAAAGAGAAUCAAGUUCUUGUCUGCACUUCCUGAAUGCUCAGUGAGUUUCUGUUCAUGUAUCAACAGAACAACCGUACAUUUGGUUCUAUUAUGAAUACAGGAUGUGUUUGCACACAGUAAACUGAAGCAGUAAGUGUAGUAUUAUCUUUAAAUUUAGUGAUCAUGUGCCUGCCAUUUCAGAAUUUCUGAAGCACUUGGCAUUUCUUUUUUUGUAGUCUGGUAAAUAAACACAAGGGUUUUUUGUUGUUUUUGCUUGUUUGUUUGGUUGGUUGAUUGUUUUUUUUGUCCAAACCUGAACGUGUUGGAAGAUAUUUAAAAAUUCUGCCUAGUUCUGAUUUAUUUUCAGUGUGAAAUUAAAUUUCAUAUAUUCAGAGAAUUAUUCCUUUCAGAAAGACACUAGCUCCUUUACAAACCUGCAGCUAUAGACACCAAAUAUGAUCUUUUUAAUACAAUUUCAUUGUCUUCCCAUGAAAGAAAGCUGCAUUGGGAAUAAUGUAAUAAUUACAGAACAUUAGAUACUAGAAAUUUACAAGCAAUUAUGUGUGUAUUUUUUAUUUUGGUAUCAUCAUCUCUCCUUUUAAGUACUAUUUAUUAUUUGUAUGGUGCCAUUACAUUAUGUGAUGCUGUCUUAUAGCUGACAAAAUGAUGUGAUUUCAGAUGAAUAAGUAGAUGGAAGUCCAAAAGUAAGUCCUCGUUGCUUUUGAGAGUCAUCAACUGUUUUUUGUUUUUUGUUUUUUU